CCUCGACAGCGGGACCAUUUUGCUGCUGCUCAAUCAGCUCCACCGUCACCCUAGUCAUGACCCUAAUGGACUGGAGGGGCCCCAGGGGCCCCCCAAUCUCUUGGAGGGGCCCACAACACGUAUCUGCAGCAGCAGCAGCAGCAGCAGCAGCAGCAGGGACAUGCUGCUGCAGCUGCUGGCAGAUGAGAUCAUGCCCCAGUUUCUCACGCAUGCAUCAGUGCAGCAACUUGUGCUGCUGCUGCAGCAGCACCAAAAUGACCCAAGAGGUCUUUCUCAGGUAGCGGCCCCUUGCCCUCUAUCCUUUCCGGGGCCCCCAGGGGCCCCCUAA